AUGGAGUUGAGCAUCGCCACUAGAGGAACUAAAGAUUUUCUUGUUCCUGAAGUAAAGAAAGAUAAGAAAGAGAUGAAAGGUGCUGAAAAGAUAGUGAAAAGCACCGCGAAAGAAUCUAUGGUCGUAAACACAACCCCGCUGAAAUUCUCCAAAGGAAAGGAAGCGAGGGUUGAAAAGAAGGAUGAUGGAAGCGAAAGGCGACGUCUGACUUUAAAAGAAAGACAGGAAAAAGUUUACCCAUUUCCUGAUUCAGAUAUCGCUGACAUGCUAGAGCAACUACUAGAGAAGCAGCUGAUCCAGCUGCCAGAAUGUAAACGACCUGAGCAAGCAGGAAAGGUAGAUGAUCCCAAUUACUGCAAGUAUCAUCGGGUCAUCAGUCAUCCAGUAGAGAAAUGCUUCGUGCUGAAGGAGCUAAUUCUAAGGUUGGCUCGUGAGAAAAGGAUUGAGCUAGAUUUGGAGGAAGUAGCUCAAACAAACCACGCUGAAGUGACGAUAAUGUCUGAGGCUUCUUCGUCGAGAUUGAUUUUUGAGCAAAGGAAAAGCUUGGUCCAGUUCGGGACCUUUGAGCCUAUAGUUGUCCAAUUCUUUCAGGAAAUCUCAUACGAGGAUCCUCAAGGAGAGAAAAGACCAAUCGAAGAAGACGAUGAAGGGUGGAUAGUGGAUGAAGACCCAGAAGUCGUUGCGUGUCAUGCUAUCAACACAACGGAGGAAGAAAUAAUCCCUCCAAGAUCACUAGAAGGAGAGGGAGUAUCAAAAGACCUUUCAAGGUUUAAUGUAGAGGAUCUAUUAUCACUUCCUCAAGAGACCAAAACCAUCCUUAUUGAUGCAUUGCUAAAUUCAAGAGCAUCAAGUUCGAGUACUCCGACUAUGACAUAUGAGAGUGGUUCUUAUUGUAUGUCUAUAGACUUCUCAGAUGAGGAUUUGUUGUUGGGAUCUAAACUUCAUAAUAGACCUUUGUAUGUUUCUGGAUACGUUCGAGAACAGAGAGUCGAUCGAAUCCUCAUUGAUAAUGGCUCAGCUGUCAACAUAAUGCCAAAGUCGACUAUGUGGCAAUUAGGCAUCUUGAUGGACGAGCUCUCAAAUAGCAAGCUAGUAAUUCAAGGUUUUAACCAAGGUAGCCAAAGAGCAAUAGGCAUGAUACGGUUAGAACUCAUAAUUGGCGACCUAAAGGCCAGUGCAUUGUUUCAUGUCAUAGACUCAAGGACUACUUACAAGUUGUUACUAGGGCGUCCUUGGAUUCAUGGAAACGGAGUAGUAACUUCAACACUGCAUCAGUGCUUCAAAUUUUAUCAGGACGGUGUAAAGAAGGUUGAAGCCGACUCUAAUCCAUUUUCAGAAGCUGAGUCUCACUUCGCAGAUGCAAAUGCGAGAACCUUUAACUCUGGAAAGGGUGAAGCAUACACUAGCAGCACAAAGGGUAUGAUCUUGAAGAAUGAAAAUGCUGCAAACACACCAGUUUUGCGUUAUGUCCCUCUGUCAAGGCGCAAGAAAGGCGAAUCACCAUUCAUGGAGUCUCCAAAAGGUUUGAAAGUUGGUGACAUCGAAAUCAUAAAAGAAAGCUUCACUACACCACUAACUAAGAUAGCGAAGCAAGAGGUAAAGGUAGAUCUGGUGGAAGCAAACUUGCCCCAAAGGCGAACGAAAGACGGAUUCGACCCCAAGGCUUACAAAUUGAUGGCGAAAGCAGGUUAUGACUUCACAGCUCACACCGAGUUUAAAAGCUUGGAAAUUCAUGACCGACCUGAGCUCUCCUCAACUCAAAAGAAGCUUCUACGGGAAGGACAUUCUAUACCCGUGUCGAGAAAAGGACUCGGAUACAAGUCGCCAGAACCGAUCCGUAUAACUAAAAAGGGGAAGGAAAAAGUGGUUGACAUCAAUCAUAUAACUAUAGAGGAGGAUGACAAUACUGACGUAAAAGAAGGUGAUAAUCAGAGAAUCUCAGUAUUUGAUCGAAUUAGACCAUCUGUUGCACGUCCCGUAGUAUUUGAAAGGCUAAGCAUGACAGAGGCAGAAAGAGAAAGGCUCCAGUCAGUACCAAACCUUGAGAGACAUUCGGUCUUUCGAAGGCUAACUACGACUCCCAUAAAGGAAGAAAGCACAUGCCAUGCCUUGACAACUACAAGACCAUCAGCCUUUGAAAGGCUAGGUGUGUCUAAAAAGAAAAAUGUACAAGCACCCCGUGCUCCGAUUUUUAAUCAUCUCGGGGAUAAAGGAUCACACGACAACAUUGAUUCCAACAUAGAUACAAAGAAGAAGGAACCAAUGUCUCGUGUGAAAGUUUGGCGUCGAAUUAAGCAUACAGAUGUCGAUAAUUAUCGUAGUAAGAAGUUUCCUUGCGAGACAAAGGAAAAUGGAGAAAUUCAUAGCAACGUUCCUUCUCGCAUGAAAAGAAAAACUUUUGUUACUCUCAAUACAAGUCAAGGUUCGUUAAAGAGACUGGAACUCAUGAAGAAGACGAGAGAAAAUGCCCCACAAAGUUUAGAGGAUGGUGGCCAAUCUACUGUAGACGAGCUAAAAGAGGUGAACCUUGGUACAAUAGAGGAACCACGUCCGACUUUCAUUAGUGCGUCCCUCUCUAACGAAGAGGUGGAUAAAUAUAUGAGUUUGCUCACCGAAUACAGGGACAUCUUUGCGUGGUCGUACAAGGAGAUGCCAGGACUUGACCCAAAAGUAGCAGUCCAUCAUCUUGCAAUUAAACCUGGAUAUCGACCGAUUAAACAAGCACAACGACGUUUUCGACCGGAGCUUAUCCCUCAAAUCGAGGUGGAAGUCAACAAGUUGAUCGAAGCAGGAUUCAUUCGCGAGGUCAAAUAUCCAACGUGGAUAGCAAACAUUGUCCCUGUUAGAAAAAAAAAUGGACAACUUCGCGUUUGUGUAGACUUUCGCGAUCUGAAUAAUGCAUGCCCUAAAGAUGAUUUUCCCUUGCCCAUCACCGAAAUCAUGGUUGAUGCAACUACUGGACACGAGGCGUUGUCGUUUAUGGAUGGGUCGUCUGGAUAUAAUCAAAUACGGAUGGCCCUCUCAGAUGAAGAAAUGACAGCUUUCAGAACUCCAAAGGGAAUAUACUGUUACAAGGUGAUGCCCUUUGGAUUGAAAAAUGCCGGCGCUACUUAUCAACGUGCCAUGCAGAAAGUGUUUGAUGAUAUGUUGCACAGGUAUGUUGAAUGUUAUGUUGAUGAUCUUGUAGUCAAAACAAAGAGACGACAAGACCAUUUGAAGGAUCUAAAAGUCGUGUUUGAUCGCUUGCGAAAAUAUCAGCUAAGGAUGAACCCUCUCAAGUGUGCGUUUGGUGUAACUUCAGGAAAAUUUCUUGGCUUCAUUGUAAGGCAUCGAGGGAUCGAAAUAGACCAGUCCAAGAUUGAUGCCAUUCAGAAGAUGUCAAGACCUAAAAGUUUGCAUGACCUAAGAAGUCUCCAAGGACGACUGGCUUACAUCCGAAGGUUCAUCUCUAACUUGGCCGGUCGGUGUCAACCUUUUCAAAAGUUGAUGAGAAAAGGAGAAAAUUUUGUGUGGGAUGAAGCUUGUCAGAACGCUUUUGAUAGCAUAAAGAAAUACUUGCUUACUCCCCCAGUGCUGGGAGCUCCAGUACCUGACAAACCACUAAUAUUGUACAUUGCUGCACAAGAAAGGUCCUUAGGAGCAUUACUGGCACAAGAAGAGGUAAAGGGAAAGGAGCGUUCUCUCUACUAUCUAAGCAGAACAUUAAUUGGGGCUGAAGUUAACUAUUCUCCUAUCGAAAAGAUGUGUCUUGCACUUUUCUUUGCCAUUGAUAAGUUGAGGCAUUAUAUGCAGGCCUUCACGGUUCAUCUAGUGGCAAAAGCAGACCCUAUAAAGUAUGUUCUAUCCAGGCCAAUCAUCUCUGGACGCUUAGCCAAAUGGGCGGUUCUACUCCAACAAUAUGACAUUGUCUAUAUUCCCCAAAAGGCGAUAAAAGGACAAGCGCUAGCAGACUUUUUAGCAGACCACCCAAUUCCUUCGGAUUGGAAGUUAUGUGAUGACCUACCAGACGAUGAGGUUUUCUUCACAGAAGUUAUGGAACCUUGGACUAUGUACUUCGAUGGUGCAGCUCGAAGAAGUGGUGCGGGGGCAGGCAUUGUCCUCAUUUCUCCUGAGAAGCAUAUGUUGCCUUAUAGCUUUGCACUUUCCGAAUUGUGUUCAAACAAUGUGGCUGAAUAUCAGGCUUUGAUAAUUGGCCUUCAAAUAGCAUUAGAAAUCGGAGUGUCAUUCAUAGAGGUCUAUGGUGAUUCAAAAUUGAUAAUCAAUCAACUCUCGCUUCAAUAUGACGUGAAACAUGAAGACUUGAAGCCAUAUUUUGCUUAUGCUCGACAAUUGAUGGAAAAGUUUGAUAAUGUGAUGUUAGAACAUGUCCCUAGAGUAGAAAAUAAGAGAGCGGAUGCAUUGGCAAAUUUAGCCACGGCCUUGACCAUGCCAGAUGAUGUAACUCUGAACAUACCACUUUGUCAACGAUGGAUUAUACCCCCAGUUAGGCCUGAAUGUCAGGAAGUGAACAUGGCAACAUCCUAUUUGAUUGAUGAAGAAGAUUGGCGUCAACCCAUCAUAGAGUAUCUUGAACAUGGAAAGCUUCCAAAGGAUUCUCGUCAUAAAAUUGAGAUACGAAGAAGGGCAGCACACUUCAUUUAUUACAAGGGAACUUUAUAUCGCCGUUCUCUUGAAGGGCUCUUCCUUCGAUGUCUCGGAAAGGAAGAUUCGGUAAAAGCUCUAAAGGAAGUACAUGCAGGUGUUUGUGGAGCACAUCAAUCGGGACCAAAGCUUCAAUUCCAGCUAAGAAGAAUGGGCUACUACUGGCCUAAGAUGAUCCAAGAUUCAAUAGACUAUGUGAAGAAGUGUGAGCCUUGUCAAUACCAUGCAAACUUCAUACACCAACCUCCAGAACCUCUUCAUCCAACUGUGGCUUCUUGGCCUUUUGAGGCUUGGGGACUCGAUCUGGUUGGCCCCAUUACACCAAAAUCAUCAGCAGGACAUUCUUAUAUCCUAGCAGCAACAGACUAUUUUUCAAGGUGGGCUGAGGCCAUUUCAUUGAGAGAAGCCAAGAAGGAGAACGUGGCAGACUUUAUUCGAACACACAUCAUCUAUCGAUACGGUAUUCCACAUCGAAUCGUGACGGAUAAUGGAAAGCAAUUCUCCAAUAGUAUGAUGGACAAGUUAUGUGAAAAAUUCAAAUUCAAGCAAUAUAAGUCAUCCAUGUACAACGCAGCUGCGAAUGGACUAGCAGAAGCAUUCAACAAAACAUUGUGUAAUCUUUUAAAGAAAAUUGUCUCCAAGUCAAAGAGGGAUUGGCAAGAAAAGAUCGGCGAGGCAUUAUGGGCUUAUCGGACGACUCAUCGCACCCCUACAGGGGUUACACCAUAUUCGCUUGUUUACGGUGUGGAGGCUGUCCUUCCUCUCGAAAGGGAAAUUCCGUCACUAAGAAUGGCAGUACAAGAGGGAUUGACUACCGAAGAUAAUGUGAAGUUACGUCUUCAAGAAUUAGAAGCACUUGACGAAAAGCGAUUAGAGGCUCAGCAAGCAUUGGAAUGUUAUCAAGCGAGAAUGUCCAAAGCUUUUGAUAAACACGUUAAACCUCGCUCCUUUCAAGUCGGUGAUCUAGUACUUGCCGUAAGGAGACCGAUCAUCACAACAAGGCAUACAGGAAAUAAGUUCACACCUAAAUGGGAUGGACCUUACAUUGUUAAAGAAGUUUAUACAAAUGGCGCAUACAAGAUCGUUGAUCAAGACGGACUACGAAUUGGCCCAAUCAAUGGUAAAUUUCUUAAAAAAUUUUAUGCUUAAUUUUGUUAGGUAAAAAAAAAAAAAAAAAAAAAAAAAU